AUGUUUUUGAUUUAGUACUGGGUUCAAUAAGAAAUAUUAAGUCCUGAAUUAUUGCCAUAUUUUGAUGUUUCUAAAAUACAAGAUGCAUUAAAAGGAUAGCUGGAUUCAAUACAAGAUUUAAAGAAAGAUUUGUCUAAACAUAACAAAUAACGAGAUACUCAAUAUUUGACAUUGCAUGUAAUUGAAUUAGAGAGAAUCUAAUAUUUUUAUCAAUAAUAUUUACGAACAAGAAUGUUGAAGUUGAUCUCGAAUGCAUUCUAUUAUUAUAACAAUAUUGGAGAAUAUUAAAUAAGUUUGAAAGAGAAAGAAUUCUUGAAAGCUUUGGUUGAAAAGAAGCUGACUAUUUAUUCACAAAUUAAAUUUUGGAGUGAGAUUGGAUAAUCAAAAUUAAUCAUAUAAAGUUAAUAAGAUGAUAAAAUCAAUGUAUAAAAGCCAGAUGUUAAUUAAUAUGUAGUAAUUCAUGUGAAUACAUCAAGAACUAUACAUGUUGGGUCUAUAGCAUUAAGUGAAAAUGACAGUGCCUUAGUUUCAUAUGACGACAUAAAGUAGUUAUCAUACGUUAUUCUUAGAUUCAUGGUACCAAUUAAGAGUGUGACAUUGAUUUGA